AUCCCGAUCCAAAUAUCCACAGUUGCCAUGUUUGCAUGAGGAUACGUCACGCUGCAUGGCAACAUGCUUCAUGCAUGUUGAGCUUGGUCACGUGUUGACCUCGGGAAAGAUGAUUUGUGGUAUCCUUUGUUCGCCACAAUUCUCGCAAGGUCAAAGAGCCUAGCAAGGAAAGUUUCUAUUGUCCUCAUGCGCGUGUUGCCACACCGAAGAGUAUAUAUACAUCUACUCUCCUCUUUCCCUUUUGUUAUCUUCUUCUCCACCGUUACUGUAGGCGCCCACUGAAAGAAAUGGCACGCUCUGCAGUAAAGGCUCUACAAUCCCGUCCCAGAGCCACAAACACGAACAAGGAUGUAAAGCUAUCUAGACCGACGUAUGCUCAAUUGGUCUUCAAAGCAGUGGCUCAGUUGGCCAGGACAAUGGCGGGCGGGCCCGGACGAAUAGAAUUCGAGAAUAUCAUUACUCUACUCGCUAUGUAUUUGGAGCAGCUUGGGAUGUCUGCUCCUAAGGACAUUGAAAAAAUGUGUCGACAAGCUUUGUCGAAAUGGAUUGAUAAGAAGUAUAUCGCCACUCAUGGCGAUAUUACCAGUGAUGGCUUUGUGUUCACUAUGGACGGUCGCGGAGUUGAUCUCUCCAUACGUGUUAAACUCCUAAAGAAAGGCCGUCGAAGUAGCAAACGAAGUCUGGUGGCAUACUGCCGAAACGUCGCUGUCUUCACAGGUCCUACUGAGAGGAUGACUGGAGAUGCGAAAACCCAAAAGAUCGCCCGGCUGGAACGGCAGGUCAGAAGCUUGGAAGCGGGUCUACCGCCGACGCAGCCUAGCACAUGGGGAGCAUCACUAGCGACUAUACCUGAUACUAAUGAGGAUGUGGAAAUGGAAGACGAUGGUUCAGAGACGGAGCGGGAGGAACAGGUCCACGAGGAUCCGAGGGGAUCUGUCGUUGAAGAACCUGUUCAACUGGACCGUGUUCAUGAUCCCGCUAAGCACGUCUCCCUUCGAGCCAACUUUCCGUCUGCAGCAAGUUCUGGCAGUACUGUCGCAGCACGAUCUUAUCCUUCUCCUACAUCACCGGAGGAUGGUCGUGCUGGAACAGAUGGUUCCCCACCUACGCCUUGUCCCCGUUCGCGGUUACUCCUCUCCAAUAGGUCAUUCGUCUCUGAUCAUCACCAUGAUGAAGCAGCUGGUCCAAGUAGCAGGCACUUCUUUUCUGCAGCGUCUUCAAGUUCGGGGUCCUCAGGUGGCCGACGCGAUGCUCGCGUUGUUGAUGAAGCCGACAACGUGUUUCAAAGCUUUGGGUCCCCGGUGCCCCUUCAGCAUGAGGACACGUUCGAUUUCACUGAUGAGAUCCAAGCCCAUCAUACCCGCCAGCUGCGGACUCGUGACACUCGUUUGGAGGAGUUGCAAGCCAAGUACAAUGCCACUCGUCGAGAACUGACUGCUUUGGAAGAGCGGUAUGAAUCUGAAGUCACAAAAAGGGCCCUAUGCGAAGACAACAUCGAAACCCUUCAGAAGAAAGUGCAGGCGCUUGAGAGGUCCAGGUCACAAUAUGCGGAGUCAUACAGAAAGUUGCGAGGUCAAUUGGAACAGGAACGGGAUGUGGGAAUGCAGAAUCGCCGAGCUUUGAGGUGCAAGAUCCAAGCUCUGGAAGAGAAGCAGCGACAUCUCAAUGACGAAAUCUCCACCUUGCGUCAGAGCGAAGCUACGAUGAGGAAACGCUUGGUGGACACUAUCGCAGCACUGCGCAUAUCAGAUGAGCUGCUGCACAACAUGAAGAAGCUCGUCGACGAACUCCAAUCCAAAGUGCGAGAAUUGGAAGGUAAAGGCAAAGACUUGGAAUAUGAGCGACACCAGCGACGAAUGGCGGCGUGGAGGCUGAAGACAAAACAAAGAGAAGUUGAGAUCUUACAAAAGCGCGUUGACGAAGUGGAGACUUCGGAUAAGGAGAAAAAGUUGCUUCUCAGAGAGACUGAGAAAAUCUUGGCAGCUGAGAAGCGAGCAACUGCUGAACUAACAAAGGAAGUCAAGAAGAGGGAUGGCGCCAUUGCAACGCUCCAGGGCUACCUCGUCAAUCAUCUCAACAAUGCUACCAAUCUGGUUACUACUCUGUAUAACCGCUCUUGAACUAUGCAUCUGUGCGGACCGUCUACUUUUGAAAGCUUCUAGGGUAUGCAAGAACUUACUAUGCGAUUGUUAAAUAUGCGAUUGUUAGAUAAUAAUGAAAGUUUUCAUUCUUCUCCCAUGUGAAAAUGCAUUAAAGACAAUGAUACUAA